ACAAGAAUUUGCAUGUGCAAGCGGCGGUAAAUCUACCGGCAGUUUCGGCAGGAGAGUUUCGAGUCCCGCGAAAAGUCACGCUUGGUGUCUGGGAUCGCGACCUGAUCGCAAGCCGAGUUCGCUCACCGUGUCGCCAGCGCACGCCGGAGAUCGCGGCAUCGGCAGCGCGCAAGCACCCCACAAGGCACAAUCCUGCAGCCCCGCAUUCACACCGAAUUCUGAACAAGAAAGGCUGACAAUGAAAUCUAAUGACUGUAAUUCGGAAACUAUUGGUAACAUCAGCAAGCUCGAGUCAGUCAUGAAUGGUGAAACCCACCAGUUGGACCAAUGGGACCAAGCAACAACAUCCAGUUCCCAAAGCCCCAGUCCAAAUCCAAACCAAAGUGGAACUGACAGUACUGUAGAUUCUGACAUGGAGAUUAUAUCUAGUGAAAGCAAGCUAAGAAGGAAACGUGCUGAUGGGAGGCCAAAUGGUAAAUUGAGGUGCCAAGAAGAAAGCGAAGAGGCAAAACGACGAGGAGUAUCAGGUUGGGAAAGCAGUCUCAGACAAAGGCCAGCACCACGUAUAAUUUUCCAGGCAGGAAUUCCCUUUCGCCACAAAAAAAAGAAAGAAGAUAAUAAUAUGAAACCCAAAAAGGACAUGAACGUUUCAUUGUCCCAGAAGACCAGGACAUCCUCUUCCAAAGCUUUCACAACAGAAAAUCCUGUCAUUGACCUGACUGUGGAGCCUCUGGAAAGUAGUAAGGUAUCUCCAAGUCCAGCAGACGGCUUUGUUUGUGAGGGCAGUAUUGUGAAGGAUACAGAUGGAAUCCCUCAGUACCAGGAUGGCAAAGGUUAUGGUAUUGGGGAAUUGGUUUGGGGAAAAAUAAAGGGCUUCUCGUGGUGGCCGGCAAUUGUGGUUUCCUGGCGCACACCUGGAAGAAGGCAAGCUGCAUCAGGAAUGAGAUGGCUUCAGUGGUUUGGAGAUGGCAAGUUCUCAGAGGUUUCUGCUGACAAACUUAUGCCUUUAACUGCUAUUAGCCAGUAUUUUCACACAUCUGCAUUUAACAAGCUGGUUUCUUACAAAAGAGCUGUGUUCCAGGCUUUGGAGAUUGCUAGCAGCAGAUCUGGAAUGCCAUUCCCUUCUAAUAACCGGGGUACUCUGGAAGAACAGAUUAAGCCUAUGCUUGACUGGGCAUUUGGUGGUUUCCAACCAAAAGGUUAUGAAGGAAUAAAGCCCAAACACAACUCAGGGACUGAUACUGCAGGUGGAGCCCCUGUUGAGGUCUGUGUCCCCGAAUGCUAUCCUCCAACAAAGAAACAGAAGACAAGUUUCUAUAAAAGCAAAGAAGGAGCUGAAGACGAGCACCGAGGGAGAGAAAAAAUUUUCUUUCAAGUUACGUCAAAUAAUAAAAGCAUUGAAGAAUUUUGUCUUGCUUGUGGCAGCAUUAGAGUCAGCACUUUCCAUCCACUGUUUGAAGGUGGUCUGUGUUCUGUUUGCAAGGAUAUCUACCUGGAGACUUCAUACAUGUAUGAUGAUGAUGGUUACCAAUCAUAUUGUACUGUGUGUUGUGGUGGCCGAGAAGUAUUACUGUGUGGGAAUGCAAACUGCUGCAGAUGCUUUUGUGUGGACUGCAUAGAUAUUUUGGUGGGUCCAGGUGCUUCUGAAGAAGCCAAGGUACAAGAUCCUUGGCGAUGUUACAUGUGCCUUCCAUACGAAAGCUAUGGAGUUCUGAGAAGACGCAGUGACUGGACCAUGAAGCUUCAAGCAUUUUUUGCCAGUGACAAUGGCCAAGAAUAUGAUCCACCUAAAAUUUAUCCAGCAGUACCUGCUGAGAAUAGAAAACCAAUUAAAGUUCUGUCCUUGUUUGAUGGGAUAGCAACAGGAUAUUUAGUCUUAAGGGAUUUAGGUUUUAAAGUGGAGAGAUAUGUUGCCUCUGAAAUAUGUGAGGACUCAAUUGCAGUGGGAACUGUUCGGCAUGAAGGAAAAAUCACUUAUGUGCAUGACGUCAGGAACAUCAGCAGGCAAAAUAUUCAGGAGUGGGGUCCAUUUGAUUUGGUGAUUGGAGGAAGCCCAUGCAAUGAUCUUUCUAUUGUAAAUCCUGCAAGAAAGGGUUUAUAUGAGGGCACAGGAAGACUUUUCUUUGAAUUUUAUCGACUACUUCAUGACACCAGACCAAGGGAGUGGGAAGACAGGCCUUUCUUCUGGCUAUUUGAAAAUGUUGUUGCCAUGGGUGUCAAUGAUAAAAGGGAUAUCUCACGUUUCCUGGAGUGUAACCCAGUUAUGAUUGAUGCAAUCGAUGUCUCUGCAGCACACAGAGCUCGCUACUUUUGGGGAAACUUACCAGGAAUGAACAGGCCCCUGGUUGCUUCUUCAGCAGAUAAACUGGAACUCCAGGACUGCCUUGAGCACGGUAGAAUAGCAAAGUUUAGCAAAGUUAGGACCAUAACAACAAGAUCGAACUCCAUCAAGCAAGGCAAGGAUCAGCAUUUCCCUGUUAUCAUGAAUGGGAAGGAAGACAUUCUGUGGUGCACAGAACUGGAAAGGAUUUUUGGCUUUCCAGUACAUUAUACAGAUGUGUCAAACAUGGGAAGAGGGGCCCGACAAAAACUUCUUGGAAGGUCAUGGAGCGUGCCGGUUAUUCGCCACCUAUUUGCACCACUGAAGGAUUAUUUUGCUUGUGAAUAAUACAGUCUAAUAUUUGCCUUUCAGAAACUUAAGGUGCUUAUUUAGAAACUAAUUAGUAAAACAAAUCCAGACUGGUUUUCAGUAUACUGUGACACAUUUGAUUGACAUUAUUGUGAAGGUUGCAUGCUGUACAUGUAUGAUACUGUGGCCAUUACACACAGUCACAACUCAGGACAGGGUAGGUAGCAAGCAUGCCUACUAUAGUUGUUUUAGCUUUUGUAAUCUCAUCUUUUAUAAGGGAAGAAAACAGAAUUCCUACUUUUAGCUGUAGUUUUCUUACGAUAGAGUGAGGAUUAUACUUCACAGUUUUCUAGUGUACUUCGUAGCCGGUCUUUUUAUGGGAUUUAAGGGCUUUUGAUGGUGCUAUUGUCCUCCUUUUAAAUUUUCAACUAAUUUUCUAAACUUUUAUUGUUAUAAUACACAUAUCAGUAGUUGGAUUUUAGGUAGAUGAAUAAUAAAUCUCAAUCUGUUAAACAUAACAGAUUCAAAAUCAUUAUUCAAAAACAUUGAAGUUGUUGUCCUGUUUAAACAGUAUUCCAAUAUAUUUUCACUUGCUUUUCAGCAAAUUGUAUUUUCUUUCUGUAACCUAUUUUAUGUUUAGUUGUUGAAUAAUCAUGAUAUAUUGUUUAAUCUGUUUAUGUUUUGUAUUUUUAGCAAGGGUUUCAGAUGUGUAAAUGAGCAAAAAAAGAUUAUAAAGAUGGAAAUCAUUUAAGUUUAAACCAAGGCAAUGUCUAUAAACAGCAUAAGGAGGGUGACCUAUGAAGCUGUACUGUUGACAUCCCUCACAAUCAUGUUCAUAGUCAAAAUUACACUCAAAGAAAUAGCUCAAAUUUUAUUGGUAAGGUGAUAUUCUUGUUGCUGCUCCAUGUUAAAGUUUUCAACUGAAAUAUAUGACUGUAAUUAUAAUAGAAUCAUGUCAAGGUAAUGCUUAGGGUUUUUAAUUCAAGACUGCAAUACAAUUUUAUUCUCAAAAUGUAGAAGUUACAUUUUAUAUUUUAAGCUACUUUUGUAAAAUUCUCCAUCCUUCUUCUGACUGGAUACGCUCUACUGUGCAGACUUCACUAAGAGCCUGCUCCCAAGCCUCAGGCAUUGCUGCUGCAGGGCUAACUGCAAAGGCAUUUUUUUUUAAAUUUUUACCUUGUAGCUUUUCCUUAACACCUUAAAUUUACAGAAUUUCUGACCUCUAAUAAAAUCCUCCAGCCACCAGGAAGGAUGUCAGGAUAAAUAAUUCAGAGUAUAAAGCAAUACAGGAAUUAAUGUGCAUCUUGUCAUUCCGAUUAUACCACGCCAAUAUAUUAAAAACCUACAAGGGCAUGCCAAUUUGGAUAUUUGUAGCAAAAUAAUAUAUUGAUUUUUAUGUAUAAUUAUAUUAGGAUCUUUCUGCCAUAUAAACGUUUUCCUUAUUUUUAUAUAUUUGUGGUGUUAAUCCAUUCCUAGGAAUGGAUCACCCUUCAACUGAGGAGUCAAAUACCAUGAUAGAAACAGUGGAUUCCUAUCCUGUGAUUCAACAACGUGUCUCAGUUCUAACUUUGCAGGCAUAUUACUUACAUUAUUUCUAAAAUUUUCACUCCCCAACCUCUGUCCAUAAAGAUUUAAAUUUAACACUGUUUCUACAUAACUAUGGCUGGUUUUCUGUUAAGUAUCCUAAUAUGUCAUACCACUCAGUUAUCUCAAACUUUGUUAAACGAUUAAUACAUGCCAGUGCUGAAGCUGAUUAUAAAUAGCUAUCUUUACGAAGAAAUAUCAGCAAAUUUAAAAUGAUGAUAUUUCAGCUUGUAUCUUUGAAUCUGAACAUAGCAUUAACCAAGAAAUCAAAACUGAAAUUUAAUGCAAUUUAUUCUAGAUAGUAAUUAGCUCCGCUAAUUGCUCUGGAUUGCUCUGCUCAUUUUGACAAUUCCAAAAACGUGGUGAAUUAAAAUUCAGAUUUUUUAAAUUGAAUUGAAAAUGAACCCAGUCCUUGGUGUGAAUUCUCUCUUUUAAUUUAGAACUAGUUUAGAGCUAAUAAAGCAAUUGAAUUCAAUAGGAAUUAUACAAAAUAUAUUUUUUGUAUAUUCUAGUCAUUAACAGAAAUCACAUAAAUACUGGAAAAACUCUACAGCUCCCUGACACUUUCAGGAGAUCUAACGAGGUAACAAUUAAACAAUCUACUUCAAACAGGUCUGAGGCUUAAUCCUUGGUGCUUAUGGAAUUGGAUUGUAUAGCUGCAAGUGAUGGAGAUUUUGGUCAUAUUUCCUGUUUAUACCUCUGCUGAAAAUUUUAGCCAACAGCAAACAGGAUAAAGCUAGAAUUUACUGCCAAAAUUUCUCUAUGCCCAAGUGGCUUACUUAGGUCCAUACCUAAGAAAGGUAAGAGAGAAAAUAAAACUGACAAGGGAAAGAAACUACCCAAAGUAAAUCACUUUUGAUUCAGGUGCUUUGUCUUUUUUUAAAUACUUCAAAAACUGGAUUUUGUGUAUCUUAAAACAAGUACAAUCUGAUAAGCCAUUUCUGCUGGAAAGUAAUUACAUUUCUAUUGUGAAUAGUUAUGCACUGGGAUUACUGCCUUGAAUGCUAUCAUUGGAAAUUUCUUUUAUUAGCAUAUUUUGUUAGCAUCAAAGGGCAGCACUGAACAUAAUGCAAAGCAAUAACAAGCUGAUUUAUGGUACCAAUAAAAUAUCAAACUAAAGCAGGAUGCAGGUAUAAUCAUAGGCUAGCUGUGACUGUGGCAACAACAAAAUCCAUUUGUUUUUUCUGCCUUGGGUUGCUGUAUGGCAUCAUGGUUAGCCACAAGAUCCAUAAGUGAGAGAGAUAAAAAUCAGAUAGUGUUCUGGUUCCUGUUUGCUUUCCAUCACCUCAUGUAUAUCCUCUUUGUACAUUCAGUAAGGAUAGGACUCAUCUCAGCUGUAAUUUCCUGUAUGAAAAUAGUCCCUACCCAUACAAACAAAGUUCUAUAACUCCAAUUCCCAACUUCACUGGAAUAAACAUGCAUAGACUUAUGCUUAUUGGGAUAUAAAGGGUAUUUUUCUUUUGAGGUGUGUAAUCAAUAGUGAUAUAGUCUGUAGCAUCCAUUUAACAUCACUAUGUAAAAUUAAUAAUUUAUUUUUAAUAUUUUUCAAAAUGGUCACAAAAAAUUGAAGUGUUUGUAAGUAAGGAUUUGCAGUUUACCCAUUGAACUUAAGAGUAUUAAUAUCAUGGCCAAAGAAAAGUUAUCACCACCUGAACGUGUGUUUAUUCUAUGACGAUGUGUUAUAUUUUCUGUAAGGUUGAUGGUGCUUAUAACUUGAAAUAAUUCCUUAUAAAUAUGUCUAAAAUGCACAUAUUUAUAAUUAUUCUGUAACAAACAUAGUUAAUCUUUAUUAAAAGACUAUGAAACCUAAGUGAUGUUUACUAUUAAACAUCAUUCAGUAGGAACUUCGUAAUUCCAUCAUUUGUCGGAAGACCAAAUUUCAAAUCUUCAAUUUCCUCUAUGGAAUUAACAAAGUCAGUCACUGAGUUGUAAGUAGGUUUCACAGGACACAUCUUCAAAUGUGUAUCCUUGUGAAGAAUUUUUUAGCAUCUCCAACUCUAAAACAUGUCUUGAAUUAUCCCUUUGAAAAAUCGAAUUGCAUUUUUCUACUUUUUCUAAUAAAUCUUAUUUCCUUUAUAUUUUUCUAAUUUUAUGUGACCAACAAUAGCAUUUCUAAAAUUCUUGUCUAAACGUAAUGAACACAUUCAAAGAGUGCAUUUUGUUCAAGAAAAUUUGUUGAAAUGAUGUGACUAUUUUAAGAUAACUGUAACUUUCUAAAUGUUGAUGAAAAGAAAGUACAGUUUUUUUUCUCUUGGAAAUGCUUUAAAUGGUGCCAUUAUUAUGUUUAUUUUAAAGCAUAAGUAACAUACAAGGAACAUCAGUGAAACUACCUGAAUUUAUCCCUCUGCACAUUUAAAUAAACACUGUUUACAAUAUAUUACAUUUAUAAUGGGGUGCAGCUACUGUACGUGGAAUUGUUUCUAUUUCAUCGUUUGUUUCAAGUGAGCCGUCUAUCAAAAAUGUUGUGAUGACUAGCAUUAAAACACUUCAAAAUUGUAAUUACUUUAUAAAGAUUCUCAUGUUUUUGCUUUAUAUAUAAACGAUUUCCAUUGUCAGAAAAAGCAUGUUUGAACAUGUUUUAAUACUCAUCACUUUCACUUUACUACAUGGCACAAAGAAUUUAACUAUUUCUUGUGCGUGAGCUCAGAGGUACAAGUUGUAGCACUGCUUAUCUGUUUACAAUAAAUGAUUAUCCCUAUUGUUAUGCUUGUUUUUAAUGUUGAUUAAUUUGAGUACUUAUUAUUGAGAAUUGAAAAAUCUUGCAUACAGAUUUCAAUAUCAUACACUUUUCAAGAGUUAAUUACCAUUGCAAAAAAAUUUUAAACUGUAAUGCACUGGAGAACAAUUUUUUUCAUAGGUGUUGCUUCCUCAGAAAUUUUCUUUGGUUAUGAUAGACUGCUUGACGUUGAACACAAAUAUAAUUUCAGAGUACUUUUAUCACAUAGGAAUGUGGAGAAAUCAAGAUAGUAAUUUUUAUUGAAUAUAAUGUGUUUAAUUGUUAAACGGUGCUGACGCUUUGCAAUAGUUCAGCUAGGCUAAAAAUGUUUUGUUGAUGAUUUUCAUUUGUACCCAGUGUCUGAGGCUUCUUGCUUAAGUGCCCAAAAGUAAUCAGCCAAUAUUUAUGGAUUCCAGUUGCCCUUAUACCGCAAUGUCCUGGUGAAACCUUUCAACAUGCUCGUCACUGACCGCCAAGAUUUGCAGGGAAGAAGUCUAAAUGGGAAUGCAACAAAUGUUAGGAGCCCAGGCUUUGUCUUGGUCACCAACUGUACACUCAAAGUGGAGCUCAUAGGCUUUCUUACUAUGAGUAGUCAUGCUUUGUAUUUGAGAUUUAAAUGUA